AAUUUGUUGGACAACUGUGAGUGUUGUGUUGUGAAAAGGAACUGUUCAAGUUGUUUUUAGACUGUCAGCAAGGCUGUCAGUUUACAUGUGUUUGUAUAUAAUUUUUUGUAAUAAAGGUUUUGAUUAUCAAAAUGCCCAAAGGAGGUAAGAAAGGUGGUCAUAAGGGCCGUAUGCGGACCUACACCAGUCCUGAGGAGAUUGACGCUCAGAUGAAAGCUGAGAAGGAGAGGAAAAAGCAGGAGGAAGAGACAGAAGGUGCAGCUCAGGAACCACUUCCAGGGUCCGGCUCUGAAGACAGCCUGUCUGAUGACGGCUCAUUGAAGAAGAAAGGUGUUGAAGGCUUGAUAGACAUAGAGAACCCCAACAGAGUAGCGACAAAGUCAAAGAAGGUGACUCAGAUCGAGCUGGAGGAGCCCAAGCAGCUGUCGAGGAGAGAGAGAGAGGAGAUUGAGAAGCAAAAGGCCAAGGAACACUACAUGAAGAUGCACCUGGCAGGAAAGACUGACCAGGCGAAGGCAGACCUGGCUCGCCUCGCCAUUGUGAGGAAACAGAGGGAGGAGGCUGCGCGGAGGAAGGAGGAGAAGAGGAGAGCAAAAGAAGGAUCAGCUGCUGCAGUUAAAGGAGUAUCCUCCCUCUCCCUGAAAUGAGACACAUUUACCCAAAAGGCAUUCAUGGACUGAUGCAAUAUUUGACUGAUUUUUUAAGUAGGAGCUGUGAAGAAUACUACUGUUUAUUGUAACCAUAGUAACCAUAGGAUGAUCACUUGGAUGGAGACUAACAAGACCGACACGUGACACAGAGAGACACAUGGGUUCUGGAUAUCUCACAUGGAAAUCUAGUGCUGUUAAAUCCCUGGACAUGAUGUUGUUAGAUGGUGCAUUGAUGAGGAUCUGUGGCACCAUACAUGACCAUUUAAUGUUUUCAUUCAGGAGAGAAUGACCUGUACAGACUCUAAAUAGGAUUUAAACUAGAAUUAGGGUUAACAUCCCAGAUGUAGUAAUAUUGAUAUCAUACAACUGCAGUAUACUGAAUGUAUCUACACAAUAGCCUAGUGUAAAAUACUGCUGCUAGUAAGUAUUCUUGCAUGCGUAUCCGGGAUAGAAAUAUUGUUUCCAACCAGACUGAAUUUAACUAUAAUCGAAGGAAAUUAAAACUUCCAGUGGUA